AUGCGCACCGUUCAAUUACUUGCUGCCAUCCUCGUCCUUGGCCUGGUGGAGGAGUUGGCCAAUGGACAGAUCGUUUCGCUCGGUUCCUGCCCAGAUAAUCCGGUAGUCGUGAACUUUGACGUCGCCCGGUAUCUCGGCCUGUGGUACGAAACGCGCCGCUACCAGCUAGUGUUCCAGCUAAAUGGCGAGUGCGUGGCGGCCGAGUACUCUCUGAACGAGGACGGCAGUGUUCGAGUCUUCAACUCGAUGUUGGUCGUUCCGUCACAGAUACGCUCUUCCGACGUGGGCCGUGCCGUUGUGGCCUUCCCCGAUGAGUCACCGCUUGAGGCCAAGCUAAACGUCACCUUUGCUGUCACUGGGUCGGACCGGGCGGCCGACUACUGGGUACUAGGCACGGAUUACGACACCUACGCCGUUGUCUGGAGCUGCUUUAACGUGGGCCCGACUCUGCGCUCCGAGAGCGCCUGGAUUUUGUCACGGACGCCUCAGCUGCCGGCAGCAUCGGCCAUCCAAGCGCAGCAAUACAUUGAUCUGUACCUUAAUGAAGCGGACCUACGAACCACCAACCAGAACGAGCAAUUUUGCUGUACGGUCGAUCCGGAAGUGACCGCGUUUCCGCCGUGUUGCACCGCCAGUGGGCUGCUCUCGGACGCCGAGUGUCCCCAGAAUGUGACCGUGAAGCAGGGCUUCUCAUUCAAGGAUUACCAAGGUCGCUGGUACGAAAUCAAACGGUACGAGCAGUUCUACGAGCAAGGCUUGGACUGUGUGGUGGCCGAGUACCAACCGCACGCGGACGGGGGCUUCUCCAUCAAGAACGGAGCGUACAACUUGGCCAACAGUAGCGAGGUAGUGGCGAUAGGCACCGGGGUCAUGUCGUUUCCGGACGAGCCGGUACCUCAGGGCAAGCUGAACGUUGCCUUCUUCGGUGCCAAGCCCGAUCGGAGCAACUACUGGGUGGUGGACACGGACUACACGUCCUACUCGCUAGUGUGGUCCUGUGAACCGUACUAUAAAGACCCAGCGAAGAAUAUUGGUACGUAUCCAGCGGUCGAACCACUGUGCCUGCCGUUCUUCCCGACUGACGCAGCAGUUGUGCGUCACGUAGAUGCGCUCAUCAAAAAGUACGCCGACGAGACCAAAUUUGUGGUCCCGAACCAUUCGGACGCCAGUGAAAUGUAUCGGUAUUACCUCUGUUUGCUGAGCGCCCUGGGCGUCGGACUGGGCUCGGUCCAGGGAACGUUCUUCGAUCGGCCCUGCCGGACGCUGGAGGUCGUGCAGGACUUCCAAGUGGAGAAGUAUCUGGGCCUGUGGUACGACCUGGAGCACUACGAGUCCGCUUUCGAGCAAAACACCGACUGUGUAACGGCCGAGUACAGUCUGCGUGAGGACGGAUCGAUCCGGGUGUUUAACACGGCCAUCCGUCUGUCCGAUGGGCUACUGUACGCGGUCGAUGGUCGGGCGGUCAUCAGCUACCCGGAAACGGCAGUCCUCCAGGCCAAGCUGAACGUAUCGUUCUACGGAGCACCCAACGAUAGGUCGAACUAUUGGGUGCUGGAUACGGAUUACGAGAACUAUUCGAUGGUUUGGAGCUGCGAGCCCGUCGGCCAAGAUCGAUCGACCGAGUACUUCUGGCUGCUGUCGCGCACGCCAUCCCUGCCGGAGAACCUACAGGAGCGGAUUUUCACGGUCAAGGAGCAGAGCGGCAUCGAGGCCGGUGAGCUGAUUGUUACGGAACACUUUGCUGAGGCUCAAACGACGGAGUCGACGACAGUCCGGCCAUACGGCUCACGUCACUUCGCCGCGAUCGUGGCGCCAGCGAUCGAGGCAUUAGCCCGAAGCCGUGACUCGUUGAACUUCAGUAUUACGUUUACCGGAAAGUGGUACGAGCUCGAGCGGUACGAACAGAACAACGAACGCGAUCUGGAGUGUGUGACAACUUCGUAUCGCAGCAGCGAGCCGGUCGGUAUGCUGGAGAUCCAAACCCGCGGCUUCGAUCCGUCGAACGGAACCUACGUCACGCUCACGAGUAUCGGCGUUUUCGAGGAACUGUCAAACUCUACCGGCAGCGUUGCGAAGCUGACGAUCAACGCCGGCAAAGCGCUACCUGCGGCGGCCGAGUACCGGGUCGUGGCAACGGACUACAGCAACUACACGAUCGUCUACGCGUGCCAACCGUUCCUAGGGCCGGACCAAUCGGUCGAGGGCUACUGGUUGCUGUCACGAACUCCACACCUCACCGACCAGCCGGAGGUGCUCUCGAGGGUGAACUAUCUGCGAUCGACCUUCUUCGUAGCGGGCCACAUACGCCGCACCAACCACUCCGAGGAACUGUACUUGCGGCAACGAACCGGACCUGCCUGCGAUACCGCAAAGCAUCAUUCUGCCUCCACCGAUUACGGCCCCAUCGGAGGAGGACACUACACCGUUAAACGCCGAAUAGAACGGCAGAACGGCGGUAUAGAGCGUAGCGUGGUGGUCGUGGUAUCAGCAGAUAAGUCUAAGCCGUGUGUAGCAAAUAAACGAACUCAGAGGGCCCUUCAGUCUGCUGCGGUACGCACUAGCGAUCAAAUCAUGUCGAUCAUGUCGAUCUCGUGGGGUAAGGUUAUGUUAGCAGUCCUCAUCUCGGUGGGUCUUCCCUGCCACGGACAGCGGAUCGUGGAUCGACCCUGUCCCGAUCCGGCCAGCCGUCCGAUCGUUCAGUACUUCGACCUGGAGCGAUACGUUGAGGGGCGCUGGUACGAGAUCCUGCGCUACGAUCAGCACUUUGAGAAAGACUGUGACUGCGGGUACGCCACGUACACACCGCAGUCGGACGGCUCGGUGAAGGUCGAGAACUGCUGCGAGCGGCUGCCGAACACCACCGUGAAGUGUAGCGUCGGCCGGGCGGUGGUCAGCUUCCCGGACGAGUUUCCGCUGCAGGGAAAGCUUAAUGUCACAUUCGGGGGACCGCCCAAGAACUCCAACUACUGGAUCCUGGAGACCGACUACGAUCACUUUGCGCUGAUCUACUACUGCAAGAAUAUCUCCGAGCAGAAGUCGGCCGAAGCGGCCUGGGUACUGUCGAAGCAGCGCACCAUCAGCCCGACGGUGAGCGAAACGGUGGAUAAGUUGAUUGAAAAGUUCUUCAUUCGGCAGGACAUGCGCGUCACCGAGCAGAGCCAAACGAAGAUCGGUUCUAAGGUCACCAAGUUCCCGUGCAAUAUGGAUCGGAUCGCCUCGUGGGCGCUUCUGGCGGUGUGCCUCACGGCGGCCGUGGGCACAGCUCACGGUGUGCUGUACACAAAGGAUUGCCUAAAGUUCGAAGAGCAGUACACCUUCAAAGAGGAAAAGUUUGCAGGGAAGUGGUACGAGAUACGUCGGCUGUACGAUCCCAGCGAUCCGGAGCAGGAGGACUGCGUGGUGAUGCAGUACCGGCUCGGGACGGAGGGCAGCUUCACGAUACUGCAAUCGUUCCAAAUCACCGACGAGGGCAAACCGAUCUAUCGUAGUGGUAAGGCCGAACCGAGAGUGUUCCACGAGUCGCGCGUACCGCAAUUCUACGAGCGCUUCAAUACGACCAGUGCGGCCGACCCCGAUACUUCGAUCGAUAUAAUCGCCACGGAUUACGCGAACUACGCCAUCGUCUACUCCUGCACGUCGUUCAACUCAACGCACCAUCUGGAGGCCUCGUGGGUACUCUCCCGGCAGCCAGCCCUCGAAAAGACCGACGUCGACCUGGUGGACCACUACUUGCAGAGCCGUUUCCAGCGUGAGGACCACAAGUGGCGCGCCACUCAGCAGACGCCCGAGUUCUGCAAGAAGUCGCUCGUCGAAGAUGCGGCCCACGACAGUGGAGCCCUUAGAGUCCUCUCGACCCACACGGUCCUGCUGGUUUCGCUGGCAACCCUGCUCGGAACCUGCCUAUCGUAGUGAAACCGAUGUCUGUUUU